AUGGGGAUGCUUAACCACGGUUACGUUUCUAUGAACGAGCAGCCAUUUGACAAACCUACAGCAGCAAGCCACGGUCAUCAAGGCUCCCAUGCUUCGGUGGAUAGUAUAAAUGAUCGUCUAAGUGAACCAUGGGAACCCGGGUUCUGGAAGCGAUUCCCUUUAAAAGGGUUUAGCUCAUGGCUUCUCUCGUUAAUUAGUACAAUUGUCGCUGUCGUUGUCUUGGUUCUAUCUGAUCAAACACCGGUAGACCAUUGGGAUAGUCGCAUGCAACCGACAGUCUGGCUCGCUCUCACAUCUACCAUAAGCGGUGCAUUCCUAGCACAUGCUUUAGCAGAAGGCGCGGCGCUCUCGUUCUGGAGGCAAGCUUGCAAAUCGACUACAUUACCAAACCUCGAAGCGAUAUAUGCAUCCUCUACUAGUCUUCUAGAGGCUAUAUGCAACUUAGCCAGACUCCGAUCUAAGCGACUUGGAUUCGCUUCUAUUGUAGUUACCCUGUCGAUGCUUCGUAACCCCUUAAUACAGCGGGCAACUUCGACGACUACGCAAUACUCUACGAUACGAGAAUCUAUGAAUUUCCCUAUCGCACGAGAGCUUCCGUACGGUUAUGGUGCAACUCUCAGUGGCCGAAACACGAAUAUUUUCUUCCUCACUUCGAAUUUCAGUAAGAUUGCCCAGUCUUACAGCAGUCGUGACGAAAUUCGUGUUUACAAUUCGUCCUGUGACAAUUGCACAGCCACUGUACAAGGGUUUGGCUUUGCAGUCAACUGCACUGAAAAGUCUCGUAGAUUCGAUAUGAGCACUGAAAUUUCAUCACCAAUGAUGUCAAGAGGAGGAGAUUAUCUUUUCCAGAUAAAUGUCACUGAAUACAGAGGGCUUGAAAUAUAUUCCAGUAAGAACGGCUCACGAUUACGGUUUACAACCCUCUGGAAGGCCACUCAUGACUGCAGCGGCGAUCUCAAAAUCCAAACUUGCGAUCUUACUGCUGGAAUAACCAAAUAUCCUAUUGCCAUCACGGAAGGCGCAAACGUGAAAUUGCAAGGAACGUGGCAUGACGAUAUCUUCAUUGAGCCGAGACGCAUGAUCCCUAUGGGAGUGGGGAAAUCCAACAUAUUGGGCGGAUUCGUCACCAUUCUUUCCUCCGUUUUUACCUCAUACGCCUUUAUGAAACGAACCACCACUUGGGGAACGGAGCUCAUGACUUCAGGCCUUCCAGCGACCCAGUACAUGUCGUUAAACGGCAGUGAGCCAUCAUGCAUGGACACAUGGACCAACCCGAUGGAGAACAUAAUUGAGGCUGCCAGAGAAAUAUCCUUCAGAGCAAGCAUGCAAUACGCCGCCGAAAACAUUACCAACAGCCAGACUACUGAGUUUAAGAGAAACACAAUGCAGUCGGUAUACGAGACGGACUACAGCAAAAUGGCUAUCGCACUCGUAGUAGCUAUGGCUGGCACACUAGCCACUCUGCCGCUUUUUUGGGGAUUCUGGGAUCUUGGACGCCAUGUAUCGCUGAAUCCUUUUGAAGUAGUAAUUGCGUUUUUGGGCAUGCCGGAGACGCAUCCUAUCAUGGGUAAAAUCGAUCCGAACAUGAAUGUCGGCAACAUUUUGAAAUCGACUGAGUCAAUCGGCCCAGUCAGAUAUGGGGUAUGGCAUGUCAACGGGAGACCCCGGCUUGGUUUCGCUCAAGCUGAAGUUGUACGAAGUCCCAAGGAUUCCGAGAGGUUCAUCUACUAG